CAUACUCAGGCAUCCACAUUCCUUUUAAGGCAAAUAGCAGAGCAUGAGGUAAACGCUGCCAGCGCUUUGAUGGAAAUGCCUUGUCAUAAAACAUCACAAGGAUAAAAAAGACGAUUUUGUACCACAUAAUUGCAUCUGCUUUUCCCAAGAAGCAGACAGUGCCAGCGGCACAUCGUCUACUGCUGCAGUUCCACUCUUACUGUACUGUAUUGUCAGAAAAUGACUAAACUCCAUGGCUGUGUCCAUGUGUCAGAGCGCUUAGUUUGUUCAUGUUGGAUGCAACCUUGUUGGUUGAAGCUCAACGCCCUCCUACUGUUGCAUUUCCCGAGGCAAUCAGUGGAAUUUGAGUGAGUGUGAGGGACUUGUCAUUGAAUGUGGAGUUGUUUUCUGUCUGGAGCUCUGCUGUGUGUUUUUUUAAUUUUAUUUAUAUUGUGAAAUAAAUUCUGCAAACCAUGUGUUUGUGGUUAGAGGGAUAGGCCAGGCCCCCAUCUUCAAUAUCAACCCUUGAACCCAACCCUAAUGAAUUGAAAUAAUCAUUUAGUUGUUUUUUUGUGGGGAAGAUCUUUAUUCUACUGCUACUGGGGACACGCCAAAACUAGGGAAUCUUAAUUGGUCAACUGGCAUCUGUAUUUACGGUAAUAUCCAUCAGUUGUGCCCGCCCUCUCCCUAAAAUGAGUUUGCUCCUAGUAAACUGACCAGGCUUGGCGGAGAAACCAGGAAAGGAGGAGAAACGAUAAGAAAAGAAAUCUAGCUACGCCAAGUAUACGCUGGGAAGGGAAUACCAGACGUGUCUGCAGCUAGCUAGUGUCUGAAGGUUGGCGACGACAACAGCCUAAUUUUAAACGAGACGACCGACAUAUAAAGUGCUGAUCACAGCUAACUCAGAGUGCAUGGAGCCGUGUGCGAGCGCUGCGGCCCUCCUGGAGUCAGUGAGGGAGCAGGAGGUGCAGUUUGAACAGCUGACCAGAGCGCUGGAGGAGGAGCGGAGGAGAGUGGGCCACCCCCAGGGCCGCUCCCUCCCUCACACACAGAACGGGCGUCUGGGGGAUGCGGACAUAGAACGACUUCAGCUGAGUGAAGGACACAUCAACGGAACGCAGUACAGGAUGGUGGACCCGGUACAUGGAGCCAUGGACGAGAGCUACACGCCGGACGAGGAUUUACACGAAGUACACUCUGUGUUCUCCGACGACGGAACCAACGGACGACGGGCAGAGAAUGUGAUGAAGAAGCCGAUCGCCUCACGCAGUGUCCUGCCGUCCGACAACAUGUCCAUGGAUGGGGGGGUGUCGGGGUGUUACAGCGCCACCCUGGACCGUAGCUACCGGCAGGGGGGCGGGAUGGACUACCCCACCGCCACCGUCCCGCGGAACUACCACUACGGCCCUGCCGGGGGCUACGACGACUACCGCAGCGCCCCGCCCUCCGAGGUCUACGCCAGCCUGAGCCGGGGGACGCGUAUGGACGACCGCUACAGGCCCGUUGACGGGUACCGGACCCUGGACUCGGGGUACCGCGCCCCCAGCCGGCAGCAGCUGGACCACUACGCGGCCCAGCCCCAGGUGGGUCGCGGGGUGAGGGGCGUGGGCAGUGCCGUGGACCUGGGCGGCAUGCGCUACGCCCCCCAGGGCCACUACGUCCUGGAGGACGACCAGAGGAGCCUGGGAUACGACGACAUGGAGUACAACAUGGCCCCCCCGCCCAUGCAUCCAGGUUACGGCACCAUGCCCCGACUCGGGCCAGGCCCCGCAGGACUGGACCGGCGCCGCCUCAGGAGCUGUGAGGACACUUUGGACGGGGACACUGUUGGGGUCGACCCCUACACGUGGGGGGUCAACAUGGCCAUGGAGAGGGGAAGUAUGGCAUCAUUGGAUAGCACCCUGAGGAAGGGCCCGCCCGCUUCUUGGAGGCAGCCGGAGCUUCCAGAGGUCAUCGCCAUGCUGAGCUACAGACUGGACCCGGUCAAGACCAAUGCCGCCGCCUUCCUCCAGCACCUCACCUUCAAGAACGACAAGGUCAAAUCAGAGGUCCGCCGCCUGAAGGGGGUCCCCGCUCUGGUCUCGUUGCUGGACAACCCCAAGAAGGAGGUGCACCACUCGGCCUGCGGGGCUCUGAAGAACAUCUCGUACGGACCCGACCACGACAACAAGAUUGCCAUCAAGAACUGCGACGGCAUCCCUGCCCUGGUCCGAUUACUGAGGAAGACCCGAGACCAGGACCUCACGGAUACUAUUACAGGCACACUAUGGAACCUGUCGUCUCACGACUCUGUGAAGAUGGAGAUUGUGGACCAUGCGCUGCACGCCCUCUCGGACGAGGUGAUGGUGCCCCACUCAGGCUGGGAGAGGGGGAGUGAAGGAGGAGAGGACAGCUGUAAACCCAGACACCUGGAGUGGGAGACGGCCCUCACCAACACAGCUGGCUGUCUGAGGAAUGUGAGCUCGGAACGUAGUGAAGCUCGGAGGAAGCUGAGAGAAUGCACCGGAUUGGUGGACUCGCUCAUGUACAUCGUCCAAUCACAGAUCAACCGCAAAGAUGUGGACAACAAGCUGGUGGAGAACAGUGUGUGUCUGCUCAGGAAUCUGUCCUACCAGGUCCACCGAGAGGUCCCUGGCUGCGAGCGUUACCUGGAGGCCGCGCCCCUAAACCAGGGCCCGCCCCUGGGCCCCAACAAGGCCGGCUGCUUCGGCUCACGGAAGGGCAAAGAUGAGUGGUUUUCCAAAGGUAAGAAAGACGGGGAUGAUGGCAGCGCGGACCAGGUUGAUAUUCCAAAGAGGACGACGCUUGCCAAAGGCUAUGAGCUGCUAUUUCAGCCGGAGGUGGUCCGUGUGUACACAUCCCUGCUCCGAGAGAGCCAGAACCCCUCUGUUCUGGAGGCAGCAGCCGGUGCCAUACAGAAUCUGUGUGCUGGACGUUGGACGUACGGUCGCUACAUCCGGGCCACGGUGCGUCUGGAGAAGGGCCUGCCCAUGAUGGCGGAGCUGUUGGCUCACGGGAACGACCGCGUGGUCCGAGCCAUGUCUGGAGCCCUGCGGAACCUGGCCAUUGAUAACCGUAACCGCGAGCUGCUCGGGAAGCACGCGGUGCCCCACCUGGUGGCCAACCUGCCGGGAGCGCAGAGCCAGUCGGCGCGGCCCCUGUCUGAGGAGACCGUGGUGUCUGUACUGAGCACGCUCACUGAGGUGCUGGGCAACAGCCUGGAGGCUGCCAAGACCCUCCGGGCCUCCCAGGGCAUCGAGAGGCUGGUGCUCAUCAACAAGGACGGAAAGCGGUCAGAGCGGGAGGUGCGCGGCGCUGGCCAGGUGUUGCAGCUGGUGUGGGGCCACAAGGAGCUGCGGCGCCCCCUGGAGAAAGACGGCUGGAAGAAGACCGAUUUCAUGGUGAACCACACGGUGCCCGCCAACGGCCCGUCGGCCCGCACCAACGGCACCUACGAGGACACCACCAUGCCCCUGCUGGACAGAGGGGAGAAAAGAGACAUGAUUCCACUGAGCGACAUAGGCCCUGAAGCCUACUCUACACUGGACCAGAGAGAGCGGAGACACACACUCGAUAACUCCCUGGACACUACAGACACUUUACAGCGUGGGGUGUAUGGGGGCAGAAAGGGCUCCUUGCCCCUGUUGGACUCAUACGAUGAAAAACUGAUAGUGUGCAUCACCCCCAGCGAGCUGCCCCGGCCCCCCCACUGCUACUGAGGGGAUAGUGGAGACGCACAGCUCGUGCUCUCCCUCUUUCUGUUAUCUCUCUCUCUAUCUCUCUCUUCUGUUUUCUCUCACUCUCUCUAGUUAGUUAUGAAGAGGAGGGCUGGCAUCCAAAGAAAGAGGUUGUGUUGCAAUCAGGGAGUGAAACUGAAACACUCAAACUGACACACGGAUCAUUAGUAGCAUCACAAAUAUGUUCCCUUAUUUAAAUUAUAUUGAUAUUCACUUUCUGAAGGCGAACGUGUUCGUUUGACAAUCAUUGUUUAUUUCUGUUUUUACGGCCGCCUGCGUUCAACAUUCAUCUUCCUCAAUCAUACUCAUUUCCCUCGUUUUUGAUUUUCUCUCAUCGUCGUGAGUCAGGUGUUAUCACGUGAACCCUGAUUUGAAAUGUAUUUUUAAUAUUUGUAGGGUAUGUAUAUAAAAAGAGGACAUGUUUGAUCGGGGGGGAGGGGUCUGUGCUUUUAAAGGUUGAUUUUAAUUUAAAUAGCAUCUCAAUUGGGAUUGGUGAGAGGAGAGGACAAGUGGCUAGGAGCCUGCCAGGGCAAGGUCCUAAUACAUUCAACAUGUUUGAGUUUGUAUAGGAGUUAUAUUCAUCUCUUCUAGAGGUCUUAGUCUGGUUGCUUUGAACGAGUGUGUAUGGCUAAACAGCUGUGUAUGUGAGAUAUCAUUGCUUUUUAACAAAACCCAUAUGACCCUGUUGUCUUCAAGGACUGUAAUUUUGUUUUUUCUACUCUUGUGGCAAUUUAGUUAUUUUAAUUAUUUUUCCUUAUUUUAAACUGUCUUUUUACUGAUGUACCAAAUGCCUUGUGCUGUCCAGUGAGACCUUUAUUUUUUGUAAUGUCCCCCCCCCCCCCACCCCCCC